AGGGGACAAGGGUGAGGCCCGGCACUAGCAGAACCCUGGCAUAGACGGAACUGGAAAUGGGCUCCAAGUACCCCCGGUCUGUGCGCUGCUGGCUGCCCCCGUGGGCCUUGACGCUGGAGGUGGCUUUCAUUCUCAUCUUUGCCUUUUUCACCUCCUAUGAUGUGCCCUCAGGGGAGCAGAAGAUCCUGGAGACCUACCAAGUCCUCCAGGAUUUCACUGUCAUGGCGGCUCUUGGCUUUGGCUUCCUCACCACCUCUUUGAGGAGGCAUGGCUGGAGUAGCAUGGGCUUCAACCUCUUUAUGCUGGCCCUCAGUGUGCAGUGGGCCACCUUGCUGGAUGGAGUCCUGGAGCAGCCCUUCCAGAAGAAAGUGAUCAUCAGACUGUCCAGGAUCCGGGUGGCCACUGUGAGCGCCAUGUCUGUGUUGAUCUCAGCAGGCUCUGUCCUGGGGAAGGCCAACUUGGUGCAGCUGAUGGUGAUGGCUCUGGUGGAGGUGACAGCUUUUGUUGCCACAAUGUGGAUCAGCAGGCAGAUCUUUGAAGUGAGUCACAGCCACGAAUGCACAAUGAAUAUUCAUGUGUUUGCAGCCUACUUUGGGCUGAUUGUGGCCUGGUGCCUCUCAAGGACUCUGCCUUCAGGAUUGGAUAAGAAAGCACAAACAGAGAAAGUUCAGAUGGCCACGAGCCCCAGUCUGUUUGCUAUGCUGGGUACUCUCUUCUUGUGGAUUUUCUGGCCAAGUUUCAACUCGGCUCUGCUAUCUAGUCUCAGUGAAAGGAAGAACGCCGUGUUCAACACCUACUAUGCCCUUGCAGCCAGCACGGUGACAGCCACCGCUGCGUCAGCCCUGGCUCAUCCCCAAGGGAAGAUCAACUUGAUUCAUAUCCACAAUGCUGUGCUGGCAGGAGGCGUGGCUGUGGGCCCUUCCUGCUACCUGCUUUCCUCUCCUUGGCCCUCCAUGGUGCUGGGCCUAAUGGCUGGAUUGAUCUCCAUUGGGGCAGCUAAGGGCCAGCCGGUGUGUUUCAACUGUGUGCUGGAGAUUCAGGACGCCAGUGGCGUGCACGCCACCUUCGGCUUGCCGGGUCUGCUCGGAGGCUUUGCCUACAUGGUGAUCAUGGCAUAUCAUGCCUACUGGCAUUCCUUGAUUGGCUACCAGUUGCUGAUUCACAUAGGGCAACUCAACUUGGCUGUGGCGAUGGGUAUGACUUCUGGUCUCCUCACAGGCUUGAUCCUAAAUCUGAAAAUAUGGAGAGCACCUCAUGAGACUAAGUAUUUUGAUGACCAAACUUUCUGGGAGUUCCCUCACUUGGCUGUUGGACUUUAAACAAAAGCAUCCAAGAAUAACAGGCCGGACUGACCUACCCCAACAAGACCCUCUCCUUCCUGCUGCCUCUCUUGUAUGUGACAAACGCUCAUUAUAACGAAGGCUCCUCUGUACAAUGAGAGGAGGUCUGAGAUAAAUUUGAUGGUAAUGAAUAGACUGGAAAUUUGCUUGUCUAAGUGGUCAUUUAUUAAUAGUUUUAAAUAAUACCUUUAGUUUCAUUAAGCAUGAUGCUAUAUAUAGUUUUAUUGCAAACACAUAAUUAAAGUUUUGGUUGAAUUCUA